AUGCCCGCCAAGUCUGCCAACAAGCCUGCAUCCAAGCCUGCAUCCAAGCCUGCCGCCAAGCCCGCUGCGAAGCCUGCCGCCAAGGCUCCCGCGCCGAAGGCGGAGAAGAAGGGCGCUGCCAAGGCCCCCGCACCCAAAGCUGCUGCCCCUGCUCCCAAGGCUGCUGCGGCUGCGCCCAAGCCCGCUGUGAGGGACGCAAAGCAACGCUCUGAUGCUGCCAAUCACAACGGCUUGUACGUGAAGAACUGGGGCCAGGGUUCUGUGGACGACGCCAGGGCGCUUUUUGGCACUGCUGGGAAGGUUGUGGGUGUGAGAGUGCGUCGUCGCCGUUACGCCAUUAUCUUCUUUGAGAACGCAGCGGCUGUGAAGAAGGCCAUUGAUCUUUUCAACGGGAAAGAAUUUAUGGGCAAUGUUUUGUCCGUUGUUCCCGCCAAGACGACUCCAAAGCCGGAUCCGCAUGCGAACUCCUCUGUUGUGUUUGUUUCCCCGAUAUUCCGCGCGUCGACUACAAAGAAGCAGAUUCUUGAGCUUUUUUCAGGCAUGAAGGUACUGCGCCUGCGCACGUACCGCAACAACUACGCAUACGUCUAUCUGGACACUCCCGCUGCCGCGCAAAGGGCUGUGAAGGAGAAGAACGGUGCAGAGUUCCGUGGCAAGCAACUCAGAGUUGCCCUCUCGACCCGUUCUCUUGCGAAGGACAGGGCUCGUGCGGAGCGUGCAAGACUUCUUAUGGCCGCCCAAAAGUUCAACAAGAGAAAGAACCACACGAAGUAA